AUGUCAUCGGUAGCACGCACAACCAAAGACCCCACCAUCUCUUGCCGCCUCAUUCUACUGUCCAUCGCUGUUCCAAUCCUCUUCAUCCUCGUUUCCACAUUUGGCAAUCCGGAAAAUACCCCCAAUCCGGACAUGGCACGUACAACAGACCCUCGGCGUGUCGCCGAGAUCAUGCUCUCGUGGCUCAACCUUCAGCUGGUCUCCAUCGUUGAACUCCAGACACUCUGGGCUGGAUAUGGCCACAUCUGCGCUGUCACGGCGCGCGCAUCGGACGAGCAGUCUGCAGCCCAGAUGCGCAGAGCCAUGGGACUUGAUAACCACCAUGGACCACACGUCGACAACGACGAGUUUCGGCUCGUCCUCAAGUUCAUCUCCCCGCCCAGGACCAGCGGCGACGAGGGCCACUGGCGCAAGAUGCUGAGUUACGAGGUUGAACAGUACUUCUACGACGAGGUCGCCCCCAAAGUCCGCGGUGAUGCACCCGUGGCCACGUGCGUGGCUUCAACCAGGGACAUGAAGGGAAAGCCAGACGCGGAGAGGCUCGAGGGGCUCAUUGCGACGCUCAUGUCAGACCUGAGGCCAGCCUAUCCCGUAGCUGGGGAGAAGAGGGCAGCACUCAACAAGACACAGGUUCAUGCCGCGCUGGGUUGGCUGGCCAAGUUCCACCGCAAGACGCACGAGCUUGUCGACCGCAACUUGGAGGGCUUCGUCUUCCCUCCGCUCCAGGAGACGGAGCGGCGGCAACGCAACCCGGAGGCGGCGGCCGGAUCCAAGGUCUGGCUGAACGGGGGCUACACUUAUUUGGCAACACGCCGGAAGGAAUAUUCAUCACUUGCGCGAGAUGAAGACUCGGAAUGGUGUAGUGCAUUUUGCACACCACAAGAGAGCGCCAACGGCAUGUCUGUUGCUGAACAAGUAGCCGAGGUUCUCACCCCCUCGGGACGCCCGUACGAGACCUUUGUUCAUGGAGACGUCAAGUCGGAAAACCUAUUCACGACGGAGGAUGGCAAGGAGGUGGCAUUCUACGACUUUCAAUACGUCGGGGUGGGAUUGGGGGCGUGCGACCUGGCCAAGUUUUUCACUUGUUCCGUGCCCCUCGGCAUGCUUGUGGAAAACCGAGCAGUUCCAGACGAGUUACCCAUGGGUGACGGGGAGAUGCGACUGCUGAAAGAAUAUCACCAGACAUUGGGUCUAGGUGAACAGUACCCCUGGGAUCUCUUUGUUCGGCACUGGGAGACAGCCUUGGUCGACUGGUGCAGAUUCCAAGCGUCUUGGGGAUUCUGGGGCAACACCGAUUGGUUGGAGGCAAGAGUUCGAUAUAUCCUGGGUAACAAAUCCUGGAAGACAUGGUUGGAUAGUCAAUUGGGGAAACCCCACGUCGGAUAG